AUAUAUGUACACACACCACACACAUGCAUAUAUGUCCAUGUAUACACAGUAACAGUAUACACCCUGCCUUAUAUAUAGACACACACAUUGAUGAGUGUCGAUUUCAUUUAUUAUGAAAGAAAGUGAUUUCAAUGUUUGUGUGAAUUCCAAUCUAUAUAAUCGAUCUCCACCUACCUGUGCCGUGUCGUCUUACUAAUUGACUUUCUGUCUAAUGUCCCACCGACUAACACCACCAGGUAUUCCCUUAUUGUCACAACACAACACUCAAUAACAUUUACAUUCAUUACACGACAACAACAACAACAACAACAAUUCUUCUAUUUAAUAUAUAUUUGCAUGUGGAUGUUGUUUUUUAUAACAACAGUAGUAUUUAAUAUUUAGUAUCUGUUGAUGUUGUUGCUGUUGUUGUUAUUGUAAUAACCUGACAGAAAGAAAGACAGAAAGAAACAAGAAAGCGACGUGUUUUCGGUACAAGAAGAAGAAGAAUUUUUUUUCCCCAGGAUUUUGUUAAUUGUAAAUGACCAAGAGAGAGAGAGAGAGAGAGAGAUCGACAGUUUGGCAACAAUCUAGAAAUUUAUUUAUUGUUUAAAUAUUGAAAAAUUCUUUGUAAUUAAUUGGGGCUAAAAACUCACAAAAGACCCCCCCCAAAAAAAAAACCUGAACUACGAAAACAAAAACAAAAGCUCAAACAGAGAAAUGGCAGAAAUUCGGCAGAGAUUUCCUACCGAAAAUGAAGAAGCGAAAGAUAAGCGCUCUGAGGAAGAUGAUGCAGAACCAUUACCGCAAGACCUUGGUGCCGCUGGCAGUCUUCCACAAGGAAGCGACAAAACUACAGAGAUUUUAGAUUCUGCAUUGGCGAAUCUCAAUCCAAGAUGGAGGAACUGGGUUAUCCGUGGCAUAUUUACUUGGCUCAUGAUCCUUUUCUUCGCUUUCAUUGUUUACCUGGGACCACUGGCAUUGGUUUUGUUGGUGUUUGCCAUCCAGAUCAAGUGCUUCCAUGAGAUCAUCACCAUCGGUUAUGUCGUCUACAAAUCGUACGACCUUCCUCUCUUCCGAACGCUCAGCUGGUAUUUCCUCUUCACAUCAAACUUCUUCUUCUUCGGCGAGAGUAUGAUUGAAUAUUUUUCCGUCUUGCUAAAUCGAAAUAACUUUCUUCGUUUCUUUGUCACUUACCACCGUUUUCUGUCGUUCUCUCUCUACGUUGCUGGUUUCGUUGCCUUUGUCUGCAGUUUGGUCAAGAAACAUUAUUUGAAGCAGUUCACUUUGUUUGGUUGGACCCAUGUGACGCUGUUGAUUGUUGUCACCCAAUCUCACCUAAUUGUGCAAAAUGUUUUCGAAGGCCUCAUUUGGCUGAUGGUUCCAGUUUCCAUGAUUAUCUGCAAUGAUAUCAUGGCAUAUAUGUUUGGGUUUUUCUUUGGUAAAACACCCUUAAUCAAACUGUCCCCUAAAAAAACCUGGGAAGGAUUUAUAGGUGGGGCAUUUUCAACAGUAAUAUUUGGAAUUUUGCUUUCCUAUGUUUUGUUACAAUGGGACUAUUUUGUCUGCCCCAUCAGCUUCAAUCCCACCUCAAAUAGACUCUCAAUGGAAUGUGAACGUCACCCAGUCUUUAAAAUAGCUGAGUAUUCCUUGCCGGAAACUCUUGAUGGACUCUUUACUCUGUUGCACAUUCCCUAUCGUACUCUUCGAACCUACCCGUUUAUGUUACAUAGUAUCUCCUUGUCCUUGUUUGCAUCCGUAAUUGGACCCUUCGGAGGAUUCUUUGCCAGUGGUUUUAAAAGAGCUUUCAAAAUCAAGGACUUUGGUGACAUCAUUCCAGGACAUGGAGGAAUCAUGGAUCGAUUCGACUGCCAGUUCCUUAUGGCUACAUUCAUCCAUGUUUACUAUACAAGCUUUAUUAGGCUCCAUAACCCACAGAAGAUUCUUCAAAACAUUCUGAUGCUUAAACCAGACGAACAACUGCACGUGUACAACCUGUUGCACAAGACGCUCAUGGAAGGCAACCUGAUCAAUGCAACCGACUCUAUGUUGUAGAAACAUCGUUGAGCUCAGCGCCAAAACACACAACAAAUAACGAUGGUGGUUUUGUGGUGUUAAACGAGACAGAAUGUUCUGGUAGAAUUUCACUGCCAAACAAACUAAACGACACCCCAAAUGA